AUGCCCGAGGAUCCGGAUCCCACUCCGUUCUUGUACGUUUCCCUCGAACAGAAGCGGAAGGAUCAGACGAAGCCCUAUGAUGGCAAGAAGAUGGUAUGGGUCCCCGACGAGAAGGACGGCUUCGUGUUGGGGAACAUCGAAAGUCAGAAGGGAGACGACGUCACUGUGGAGGUUGGCGCCGGAAAGAAGACCGUCAAGAAAGAUCUUCUUCAGCAAGUCAACCCUCCGAAAUUCGAGAAGUGCGAGGACAUGUCCAACCUGACCUAUCUGAAUGACGCGUCCGUUCUCUACAAUCUCAAGGAGAGAUACUACAACAAUCUCAUCUACACCUAUUCGGGUUUGUUCUGCGUUGCCAUCAAUCCGUACAAACGAUUUCCGAUUUACACCCCUCGAUGCGUCGGCCUCUACAAGGGAAAACGCAGGACUGAGGUACCCCCUCACGUGUUCGCGAUCUCCGAUGGAGCCUACAUGGCCAUGCUGACCAACAAGGAGAACCAGUCUAUGCUGAUCACUGGCGAGUCUGGAGCCGGGAAAACUGAGAAUACCAAAAAAGUUAUCGCCUACUUCGCCAUCGUUGGAGCGAAUCAGUCGGCCAAAGAAGCCGCGAGGGAGAAGAAAGCCAAUCUCGAGGACCAAGUUGUGCAAACCAAUCCGGUUCUGGAAGCGUUCGGUAACGCCAAAACCGUUCGUAACGACAACUCGUCGCGAUUCGGUAAAUUCAUCCGAAUCCAUUUCGGGAACACUGGCAAAUUGGCCGGAGCCGACAUCGAGACUUAUCUCCUCGAAAAGGCUAGAGUGAUCUUCCAACAGGAGAAAGAGCGCUCCUACCAUGUGUUCUACCAGCUGAUGUCCGGCAAGAUCCCGGGCCUGAAAGGUAAACUUAUGCUGUCUAAUGACGUGCACGACUACAAGUUCGUCUCCCACGGCAAGGUAGAAAUUCCCGGAGUUGACGAUGGAGAAGAACUGCUCCUGACAGACACCGCUUUCGACGUCCUGGGAUUCAACGGCGAGGAGAAGCUCUCGAUCUACAAGAUAACGUCGGCCGUCAUGCAAAUCGGGUGCUUGAAGUUCAAGCAACGACCCCGAGAGGAGCAAGCUGAGGCCGACGGGAACGAGGAAGGCGACCGAGUCGCUCAGUUGUUGGGACUCGAAGGAGCCGAACUAUACAAGAACCUUCUGAAGCCCAGAAUCAAGGUCGGCACUGAGAUGGUGACACAAGGUCGGAACCUGCAACAGGUUGUCUCAUCCGUCGGCGCUUUGGCCAAAGCGAUGUACGAUCGGUUGUUCAAGUGGCUCGUGAAACGGGUCAAUCAGACGCUCGACACCAACCAGAAAAGGAACCAUUUCAUCGGAGUGCUCGAUAUCGCAGGCUUCGAAAUCUUCGAUUUCAACAGCUUCGAGCAGCUGUGCAUCAACUUCACAAAUGAGAAGCUCCAGCAGUUCUUCAACCACCACAUGUUCGUUCUGGAACAAGAGGAGUACAAGAGAGAAGGAAUCAAUUGGACUUUCAUCGAUUUCGGACUUGAUCUCCAGGCUUGUAUUGAGCUGAUCGAGAAGCCGAUGGGAGUUCUUUCGAUCCUUGAGGAGGAAUCCAUGUUCCCGAAGGCAACUGAUAAGACAUUCGAAGAGAAGUUGAACAACAACCACCUCGGAAAGUCCGGGAAUUUCCAGAAGCCGAAGCCCCCCAAGGCUGGAGCUUCCCCAGCCCAUUUCGCCAUUGUUCAUUACGCCGGAGUCGUCCCCUACAAUCUCGUCGGCUGGCUCGAGAAGAACAAGGAUCCGUUGAACGACUGCGUCGUUGAUCAGUUCAAGAAGAGCUCUAUGCAGCUGCUCUGCGAAGUUUUCGAAGACCAUCCCGGUUUGGGUAGUGGAGAUUCCGCCGGAGGCAAAGGGCGCUCGAAAGGCAAGGGCUCGUCUUUCCAGACCGUGUCCCUGCUGUAUCGCGAACAGCUUAACAAACUGAUGGCUACGUUGAACGCCACGCACCCUCAUUUCGUCCGCUGCAUUAUUCCUAACGAAACCAAGUCCCCUGGCGUCAUCGAUUCCCAUCUCGUCAUGCACCAGUUGACCUGCAACGGUGUGCUAGAAGGCAUCCGCAUCUGCCGUAAGGGUUUCCCGAACAGAAUGGUGUACCCCGAUUUCAAACAGCGGUACAACAUACUUGCCCCGGACGCAGCUGCCGGAUCUUCCGACCCGAAGGAGGCCUCAAUGAAAGUUAUCGGCAAAAUUGAACUCGACCAAGACGAAUACCGAUUUGGCCAGACAAAGAUUUUCUUCCGAGCUGGUGUUCUGGGUCGACUCGAGGAAAUGCGAGACGAGCGUCUAGGGAAGAUCAUGACCAUGAUCCAAUCUGCCUGUCGUUGGUAUCUCUGCAAGAAGAAGUUCCAGAAGCUCAAGGAGCAACGGGUUGCCCUCGUGAUUAUCCAGCGGAACUUGCGUCGUUUCGCUCAGCUUCGCAAUUGGCUGUGGUGGAAACUCUUCUCGAAAGUCAAGCCCAUGAUCCACGUUGUGCGCGCCGAGGACGAAAUCAGAGCUCUCGAGCAGAAGUUGGCCGAAGAACAUGAGGCAUUCCUCAAGGAGGAGAAACUCCGCAAGGAGUUGGAGAGCCAAGGAGUCAAGCUCUUGCAGGAGAAGAACGAUCUGUUCAUGCAACUCGAAUCCGAAAGAUCCGGAGCGUCUGACAUCGAACAGAGACUCAACAAGACGCUAGCUCAGAAAAACGACCUCGACCGGCAGCUCCGCGAUGCCGAGGAUCGUCUUCAUCGCCAAGAGGACGAUUACCAGAGGAUGACAUCGAACAAAAAGAAACUGGAAGGUGAAAUUUCCGGUUAUAAGAAGGAUCUGGACGAUCUCCAGCUAUCGCUCCAAAAAGCCGAGCAGGAUAAGCAAUCCAAGGAUCACCAGAUCCGAUCCCUGAACGAUGAGAUCCAGCACCAGGACGAAUUGAUCCAGAAACUGAACAAGGAGAAGAAGCAUCUGCAAGAGUCUGGCCAGAAAAGCGCCGAGGAUCUCCAGGGCCUUGAGGACAAGGUCAACCAUCUGAACAAAGUGAAGUCGAAAUUGGAGCAGACGCUUGACGAACUCGAGGAUUCCCUCGAGCGCGAGAAGAAAACGCGUGCUGAGCUCGACAAGAACAAACGCAAAGUCGAGGCUGACCUCAAGCUGGCGCAAGAAGCUGUUCUGGAUCUUGAGAAAGCGAAGAAAGAAGCUGAGCAGUGCGUUCAGAGGAAAGACAAGGAACUCGCCGCCGUACAGGCCAAAUUGGAAGACGAGCAGAGUCUUGUUUCCAAACUCCAGAAACAGAUCAAAGAGUUGCAGCAGCGAGCCGAAGAAAUCGAGGAAGAACUCGAAGCCGAGAGACAAGCGCGUUCCAAAGCCGAAAAGCAACGAUCUGAUCUCGCGAGAGAGAUCGAAGAGUUGUCGGAAAGGCUCGAGGAAUCUGGAGGAGCAACUUCGGCUCAGAUCGAGCUGAACAAGCGCCGAGAGAACGAGCUGGCAAAGCUUCGACGGGACCUCGAAGAAUCAAAUAUGCAGCACGAGCAGGCCAUCUCAGCUCUGCGUAAGAAACAUAACGACACGACCGCCGAAAUGUCCGAGACCGUCGAGAACCUGAACAAAGCCAAGGCCAAGAGCGACAAGGACCGCGCAACCGCUCAGGCCGAGGUUUCGGACCUCCAAGGCUUGUUGGAUCACCACACCAAGCAGCAAGCUAAUCUCGAGCGUCAGGUGAAACAGCUCGAACAACAGCUGGCUGACACUCAAUUCAAACUUGACGAAUCGAAUCGCACCGUCAACGACUUCGAUGCCGCCAAAAAGAAGUUAUCCCUCGAGAACGGUGACCUCCAAAGACAACUCGAGGAGGCUGAGAGCCAAGUGAGCCAAUUAUCCAAACUCAAGGCUUCGCUCGCCACCCAAGCCGAAGAGGCAAAACGAACCGCCGACGAUGAAGCGAGGGAACGAGCCGCCAUCAUGGGCAAGUACCGUAACAUCGAACACGACCUCGAUAAUAUCCGCGAAGCUCUCGAGGAGGAACAGGAGGCCAAGGCAGACCUCCAACGACAGCUGUCCAAAUCCAACGCCGAAGCCCAGCUCUGGCGCGGGAAGUACGAGUCUGAAGGCCUCGCCCGUCUCGAGGAGCUGGAGGAAAGCAAGCGCAAGCUCCAGAUCAAACUCGAAGAGGCCGAAGGAUCCAUCGAGACCCUGAACGUCAAGGUGUCCGGACUCGAGAAGACCAAGCAGCAUCUACAAGGCGAAGUUGAAGACAUGCAAUGCGAAGUCGAUCGGGCUCAACAGCUCACCGCUCAGCUGGAAAAGAGGCAGAAAUCUUUCGACAAAGUCAUCAGCGAAUGGAAGGCCAAGGUCGACGACCUCGCGGCCGAACUCGACGCUUCGCAGAAGGAAUGCCGCAACUACUCCACCGAGGUGUACAAACUCCGCGCAGCCUACGACGAGUCCCAGGAACACUACGAGGCGGUCAAGAGAGAGAACAAGAACCUCCAGGACGAGCUCAAGGACCUCAUGGACCAACUCGGUGAGGGAGGCCGAUCCGUGCACGAGCUCGAGAAGAUGAGGAAACGUUUGGAACUCGAGAAGGACGAGCUCCAAUCCGCCCUCGAAGAGGCGGAGGCGGCCCUCGAGCAGGAAGAGAACAAGGUCCUCCGCGCUCAGCUCGAGUUGAGCCAGGUGCGCCAGGAGAUCGAGCGCCGCAUCGCCGAAAAAGAGGAGGAGUUCGAGAACACCAGGAAGAACCACCAACGAGCCUUGGACUCCAUGCAGGCUUCACUCGAGGCCGAGUCGCGGGCCAAGAACGAAGCGCUCCGAGUGAAGAAGAAGCUCGAAUCGGACAUCAACGAGCUCGAGAUCGCCCUCGACGGAGCCAAUAAGGCGAACGCCGAAGCGCAGAAAACGAUCAAGAGGUAUCAGCAGAAUCUCAAAGAUACCCAAACGGCCCUCGAGGAGGAACAACGCGCUCGCGAGGAGGCGCGAGAGCAGUACGCGAUGGCCGAGCGUCGCUGCAACCAAAUGCAUGGCGAACUUGAAGAAGCUCGUCAGCUCCUCGAUCAAUCUGAGCGGGCCCGUCGCUCUGCUGAAAGUGAACUCACCGAGCUGAGGGACCAAGCCGCUGGAAUGUCAGCUAACAACGCAUCGCUCUCGAUGGCCAAGAGGAAGCUCGAAGGCGAGGUGCAGGCCCUGCAGGCCGAUCUCGAUGAAAUGCUGAACGAGGCUAAGCAGAGCGAGGAGAAGGCGAAGAAAGCCAUGGUCGAUGCCGCCCGCCUUGCCGAUGAGCUCCGUGCGGAACAGGAGCACGCUUCCACUCAGGAGAAGAUCCGCAAAAACCUCGAAGCUCAAAUGAAAGAGAUGCAAGUUCGUCUUGACGAAGCCGAAGCUGCCGCGCUCAAAGGUGGCAAGAAACUCAUCGCCAAACUCGAGCAGAAGUGCCGCGAACUCGAGAGCGAACUCGAAAACGAGCAGAGACGUCACGCCGAUUCCGCGAAGAACUACCGCAAAGCGGAACGCAGAAUCAAAGAACUGCAGUUCCAGUCGGAAGAAGACCGCAAGAACCACGAUCGCAUGCAAGACACGGUCGACAAGCUCCAGCAGAAGAUCAAGACCUACAAGAGACAAAUCGAAGAAGCCGAAGAAAUCGCUGCCCUCAAUCUCGCCAAGUUCCGCAAGGCUCAACAGGAGCUGGAAGACGCGGACGAACGCGCGGACCUAGCCGAGCAGAGCUUGGCUAAACUUCGCGCCAAGAACCGCUCUGCCAGCGCCGGUCGCGCCGCUUCGCCCGCUGUUCACUAAAAUAAAUUGAUGACACGCAUUUCUGGUUUGACCUUCACCGCUACAAAAAAUCUUGGCGCCUUUCAGGAGUGCAUUUCGGUAGUUGAUCACUAGCGGAUUGCGAGAUUGAUCGAUUGGCUUAUCGAUUGGUCAAGUCCGCGAUCUUCAGGCAGCCCGGGGAUCCAUCGGAAAUUAGCUCGCGGUCACGUCUCGCUUACUGAAAGCCUCAAAGGGGAACUCGCUGCUUUAUCUCAAUGACAUCGAUAGCAAGCCAGACCUGGCCACGGGUUAUUCCUCCCGAGUGUCUACCCCUUACUCUUCCGAGCUGCAAAUUCGAUUCGAGUCCUUAGGAACAGACUUCACUUCUCUGAGAAUUAUUCCCAAACAGAGCCGAAUCAGAGACUUCAGGAAUUCCGUCCGAAUUGUCUCUUGAUUCGAGCCGGUACUGUUGUGAAUCUGUUAGAAAGAAAUACGCAGAAUAAAAACACCGGAAUUUUUA